UUAAUUAAAAUCAAAUAAAAUGAAAACAUUAGGCUCUGCAGAUGCUGCCGCAACUGGGCACCUCAUCCUGCCAGCCAUGGUCAACCCCACCAUGUUCUUCGACAUCACCGUCCAAGGUGAGCCCUUGAGCCCUGUCUCCUUCGAGCUGUUUGCAGACAAGUUUCCAAAGACAGAAGAAAACUUUCGUCUUCUGAGCACUGGAGAGAAAGGAUUUGGUUAUAGAAGCUCCCGCUUUCACAGAAUUAUUCCAGGGUUUAUGUGUCGGGGUGGUGACUUCACACGCCAUAAUAGCACUGGUGGCAAGUCCAUCUACUGGGAGAAAUUUGAUGACAAGAACUUCAUCCUGAAGCGGACAGGUCCUGGCAUCUUGUCCAGGGCAAAUGCUGGACCCAGUACAAAUGGUUCCCAGUUUUUCACCUACACUGCCAUGACUGAGUGGUUUGGCAAGGUGAAAGAAGGCGUGAUUAUUGUGGAGGCCGUGGAGUGCUUUGGGUCCAGGAAAGGGAAGACCAGUAAGAAAAUCGCUGUUGCUGACUGUGGGCAACCCUCAUAUGUUUGA